AACAGUUGUAGCUGGAGUAGAGGCUGCUCCUGCCGAUUCAGCGACUCAUUAUCUCUCCAUCUUUAUAGGAAAUGCUACGGAGGAGCUGUGGCAUUGCAGUUCCUUUUGCAAGCUUGUCAACAUCGCCCAACAAGAAGUAGUUGUAUUUCUCGGCUCCUUCAUCUUGGCAUACGCAUACUUGGUAGUUUCCUACAAAAACGAACCCACGAUGAGAAAUCGCGGAAAAAUUCAGAAAGAGCGGCGCAGUUCUCCUCUGCUCUCUUUCAACAUCCUCCCGAGCCUCCGCAUCAUACACCUGCAUCUCGUGCACCAGCUUCUGUUCGUCGGAGAUUCGAUUGCGAAAAUCGCCGCAGCCGGAAGUAGCACUGCAGUGGUAGAGGAACCGACGUUGCUGGAACAACUACAACGAGCGGACGCUGGUGUUGGAAGAACUGCGGGUAGUGCAAGGAGUUCUACUCCGGAAACCGACCGCGACGCGCUUCAAGACGCUUUGAUCAAUCAGGAAUUGUACGAACUCGUAAAGAGUCAGUUGCAGAAGCAGCCGGGGCCGGGGGCGACGAGAAAUUACAACGGGGAUGAAACGAGCACAGCCACGACAGCUGCAGCUUCCCCGUCGUGGUCCACCAGACAGCGCAAAAACAGUGUUGAAGCGAGGACUAGCGACAGGAGCCCGUACAGUGUGCCCCUGCCACCAUGGGCGGUCGAGGAAGUCAGUUCCAGCCUCGAGCCGGGAGUUGUACUUGGCGGGAGUAGGACUGGGGCAGCUGACGAAGGUCAAAUUAUUGGGUACAACGUCAAUUUCGCAACCUACCCCGAUGAAGAUGCCCCUGGCUCGGGAGAGCAGAAAAGUAUCAAGAUGGUGCGAAGCGAAGGAACGAAAAAUUAUGGAAUGAAUCCCGCGGCAGCUGCAUCUACUGGCCUCCGUACUACAAAGGCUGCUGCUGAUGUCCAACCAGCAGCUGUUGUGUCGCAGCUGGUAACUGCCUCCUCUGUCACCAACAUCAACGCUCGCAGACUGGAGGACACUCUGGACAACAAGUACUUUGCAACGACCAUCGACGCCGCUGGCGAAGAGUCUUCCUCUUCUCUGGCGCGCGCGCGGACGAAGAAAUUGACGGCCAAAACCACCCUAUGCACUGGUGCAAAAGUUCUUGAUGUAUCGUGCCAGUAGUAAAACUGCAUGACAAAUCAGCAGCUCAGCAUGAUGACAAAAAAUGGAAGUUGUCAUGCUGAUUUAGUCAUUGGAAAGCGGAUUUGUCAUGCCUGGCUGCGAAGAUGCGUACUCAACACGAGUGCAGCGAUAUUACUUUUGCACAGGAUACGUUGGAUCUGCUUCCUCCUCCCGUCGCGGCCUCCGGGCUGAGUACAUGACCCCCAGUCAGGCGGCCAGGUACGGAUACUCCUUGCUGCAACUGCAUGACAAAUCCGAGCCGGCGGAGAUUAUUGAUUCCUCCCAGUCCUCCCAGCACGACGACCUGCAUGGUACUUUAGACGUCGAAGGCGGUUUACCUACUGGAUCAUCAAGCCUCCAUCUCCACCAGCAGUCGCCGCUGUUCGAGUCCUCCUCCUGGCUCGAUCUGGACAUGGGGUCCAGCAGCGCGGCACAAACCGAGCGGGACCUGAUCAACGCGGAAAGGACCGACGUGGCGACCACCACGGUGGAAAACGCAACGUUUUCCAGAAAACACAUUCUCUGGAUCGCGUCCGCGAGUAUUCUCACCUUGAUUCUCGGCCUAGGGUUUCUCUACUACCGCGAAUUUUUGGAAACGAAGGAAGAGAAGAAGCGGCAGACCUCGAAAGACGACAAUCUGCAGCAGUCCAGCAGCUACACCACGGACCUGCACCGCAUGGGGGUGGAAGAAGCCGCGAAGUUUCUGCACACAACCUUGGAGAAAAAAGAGGACGUCACGAAUGCGCAGGCGACUAUCGGGCUGACCAAAGACGAGGUGGACUUUCGCCGGAAGUUCUACGGGUUCAACCGAAUUUCGCCCCCCGUGAAGGAAAACAAGUGGGUUUCGCUGCUGAAAAUCACGUUUCUCUCCGGCUUCAACAUUCUUUUGUGGAGUUGCGUUGUCGCCGAAGUGGUGCUUGCCAGUCUCCUGGCGGAAGAGACGAGUCUGCAGCGCGAGACGGGUCGGGAAGACUACGUCACGCCGGUGAUUUUGUCGGUCGUGAUCCUGAUGGCCAGUCUGCUGCAGUGGUGGGCGGAGCAGAAGGCAGAGUCCAUGAUGGACGCACUGCAAGCGAUGCAGGGGGGUAAUGAGUUGGUCCGCGUGGUCAGAAGGAAAAGGUACUUACAGUUGGAUUGAUGUUGAAAAUGUGUACAUUCACAUUGUGGCACCAAGAUGGCUUCACGCACGAAAAAUCCGUUCUCGCUUGCUCAAACUAACUGCGUCACAGAUUACAACCGUGAUAUAAAGAAAAAUACAAUUAUUAUACUCAACUACAAAUGAUCAUGUCAACUUUACAAAUCCAAACCAGUUCCCAGUCCGCUUCUGGUCUUCUCGGUAACGAUCAAGACGGCGACCUGGACACGUCCAACUCCGCCUACCAGCGCGAAGACCUGCAACUGCCCCCCUCCGAGCUGGUGCCCGGCGACAUUUGCUUCCUGGAACCCGGGGCGCGCAUCCCGGCGGAUUGUCGCGUGGUCUACUGUACGGAGGGGACGGAAGUGGACCAGGCGGCGCUGAUAUGCAUUGCAAAUAUGUCUGGGUCUGUAAGAAUGAAGCCUGUCAUGCGAAAGCUGGAUCACGAGAAAGUCUGUGUUGCCUGAACGCCAACAGUUACCCAAUUCUCGCUAGGUAAAACGGGAAUUUCUCAUGCGGACAAGGCAUGAGGAAGGUCUCAAAAAAUCUGUGAUGCUUCUGUCUGCAUUACAGACCAUGAGUGUGGUCCGCGAGAUGCAUGACAAAUCUUGCAACUUUCCAGACCCAGAUACUUUUGCAUUUGAUAGCUGACCGGGGAGAGUUUGCCGGAGCAGAGGACGGUGGAGAAAAUCGAAGACCCCAACCGGGAAAUCGAACCCAUAUCCUGCGCAAAAGUAUCGCACUCGUAUUGCAAUCAUGCAUUACAAAUUUUUUUCUCAAGGUAAAUCCGCAUUACAAAUUUUAUUUCCCAUGCUGAGUGAAUUUGUCAUGCAUUUAUACGAGUGCGAUGCUUUUGCAGUUCAUAACCCAUGCAGAGCAGCAAUUUGGUCUUUUACGGCACGUUGCUCUUAAAGGGGAAUUGCACGGUGUUGGUCUACGCGACCGGGGACAAUACCCUGCUGGGGAAAAUCGCUUCGGGCGUGAAGAAGAAGCGGCCGAAGUCCAGUUUGGAAAUUGCGCUGGAGCAUUUUGUAUCAACUGUAAAAAUGUCUGGGUCUGGAAGAAUCCGAAAUUUGUUAUGCUGUUUUUGCAUGACACAGAAUGUCGCUCAUGGAAGCCCUAGCAUCACAGAUUUUAGAAGCCUUCCUGGUGCCUAUUCCGCAUGACAAAUGCCCUACACGCGUAGGACACACCCAACCGGACUCCUCUUGCUGGUCAUGCAAUACAGACUUUACUAGAGUCCAAAGUUAGCAUCACAAGUUCCAAUGUUCCAGACCCAGACAUUUUUGCAAUCCAUAUUUCGUCCACUUAAUCGCGGUUAUCGCCAUCUCCGUCGGGCUGCUCACCGCGAUUGCCGAGUUUCAUAUCAUUUGUAAAAACGUCCCCACCCCAGAGUCAAGAUGGGGAUUUUGCAACACAAACCUGAAAGUUUUGGGAGCCACGCAUGACAAGUUGCAGGCUGUGAUAUAAUGCAGCUUAGCAAGAGAAGCCGCAUAAGAAAUCCAGCUCCUUAUCCUGUUCACAGCAUUACAAGUUCCAAAACACGAUGGGAAAUGCCUCUCAUGGGGAUGCGCAUUACAAAUGCUCUUGUGCUUGCAGAUCUGCAUGACAACUCUGGGAUGGGGAUGUUUUUGCACAGGAUAUUUCAAGUAGGAAAAUCACCCCGGCAGAUCCUGGAAACCAGUUCCGCGGCGAUGUUUGGGCAGAUUCCGGAGGGGUUGUAUCCUGUGCAAAAGUAUCGUACUCGUAGUAAUUGCAAUCAUGCAUGACAAAUUGCCCAUCUUAGGCAAAUCAGCAUUACAAAUUGCAGUUUUCUCUUUGAAAAAAUUUGUAAUGCAAUUUAUAGUAUAAAUUGCAUUACAAAUUUUUUAUAUACUAGUACGAUGCUUUUGCAAUUCAUAGGUUGCUCCCGACGGCAACAAUCUCGCUGAUGAUUGCCAGCUCCAAGAUGUCCGUGAAGAACGUGUUGGUGCGCAAAUUGGACGCGGUGGAAACGUUAGGGUGUGUCGAAGUGAUCUGCAGUGACAAAACGGGCACGUUGACGACCGGGGAAAUGACGGUCACCGACGUGGUAGUGGUGAAUGAUUUAUCAGGAGCUGGUGCUGGUGGGGAAACCAAGAACACAUCCAACAGUAAAGCGACGGCGAGAGUGAAGCUCGACCCGCUGAGCGGGAAAAUCUACCCCGCAGCGGCAAGUAGACCCUCUUCUGGCACCGGCGGUGCAGUUCCAGCUGACGCGGCGGGAACUACUACCAGCAACACUAGUACACUUAAAAAUUCGCAGCAGGACCUUUUCGCCGCGGGGAUGCUGAAUACGACGGUUUUGGUUUCAAGAACGGGUAAGAACACGACCAAUUCGUCUUCCUCGUCUUCUUCCGGGCCCGUCCCACCAAUCGCGUCAACAUCAUCUUCAAACGGGUCAUCAAGAACUACUACAGCCAUCACGAAAGAAGUAUGGCGUUCUCAACUGUGACAUUCUCAACUGUGCCACGGAUUUGUCAUGGAAAAUUGCCAUCGGCCUCCACUUGAUCAAGGUGCUUCGCAUGACAAAUUUUCGAAGGGCUAAACAGCAUGACAAUCUGUGGUAAAUUUGUGAUGCGAAAGCUGCAAUAUUGCCACUUUCACUGUUGCUGUUCUUGCAUUGCAAAUCCAUGUAACAGUUGAGAGUGUAACGAUUGAGAGCGCCAUAGGAAGAGAUCAGCGGUUCUCCGACCGAAAAGGCGAUUUACUUUGCGUCUGCGUGCAACGUUAAUCUUAACACCACGACCUCCUCCGAUUCGUUUCAACAUGCAGACUGGACAAAGAUUUUCGAAAUCCCGUUUAACAGUGCGAACAAGUACAUGGUGACGAUCCACACGAACACGACCAAACCAGAAGCCAAAUUGAUCGUCAAGGGCGCCCCGGACCGGGUUUUUCAGCACUUGUCCGCGAGCAACCGGAAACAGAACCCGCAUAUGCACUGCAAAUAUGUCUGGGUCUGGAAAGAAUGCGCGAUUUGUCAUGCUCGGCUAGCAUGACCCUCAAGUUUGUCAUGCACAUCACCCAAAAGCCUCGCUUUUCUGUCUUCAUGCAAAAACGCAGUUUCUGAUGCAGAAUAGACAAUACCUAGCACCUCAGAAACUUCUCAUGCUGGAGCCCCAAUUGUGGCGUCCUCAAGAUUCGCCAACCAGCAUCACAGGUUUCCAGACCCAGACAUAUUUGCAUUCGAUACCGCAACAGCAGCUGCAAAUCGAGUCGGAGUGGCGAGCGCUGAUGUCGGAGGGGAAGCGGGUGAUCGCGGUGGGGAUGAAAAAAUUUUCGUUCGCGGACACGAAGUAUGGAUUGCAAAAAUGUCUGGGUCUGGAAGAUUGCAGCUUGUCAUGGUAAAUCUGAAGCAUGCAAAAAUCUGUGUUGCGUGAGUGCCAAAAGCCGUCCACUUUUGACCAAGUUGAAAGGGAAUUUCUCAUGCAGGACAGGCAUGGCGGAGACCUCGCAGAGUCUGUCAUGCUAAGUCCCGCAUUCCAGACCUCACGGGUCAUGGAAAAUCUGCAUGACAAGUCUUCACUUUUCCAGACCCAGACAUUUUUGCACUUGACACGAAGGAAAUGCAGUUGAAUUUCGUGACAAAAUACGAGAAACUGCUGGCCAAGGCGGAGCGAUUGGAGGACAUGCGGUCGCUGUUGGUCGACGAUUUUGUGCUGUCCGGGUUGUAUGGGAUCGAGGACCCGCCGAAGCCAGGGGUGAAAAACGCGGUGCGCCGCGCGCAGUAUGCGAGUGUGAAGGUGGUGAUGGUCACGGGAGACCACAUGGACACGGCCCGGGCGAUUGCGAGGAAAUUGGGCAUCCUGCAGGCCCUUCCGGCCACCACGGCAACGUCGCAGAUUCAGCAGGAUUUCGAGGUGAUAGAGGGAAAGCUCGUGGAGCAAUACGCACCGACCUACGACGAGUUUGGGGAGCACGAUCCGCAGGCCGUGAAGGAAUUCUGGGUCAACGCGUGUCAGUACUGCUGCGUUUUCGCCCGGGUGUCGCCCCUCCACAAGCAGAUCAUCGUGCAAGCGUACCAAACUUUCGCCCACUCUAUCGUCGCGAUGACGGGCGACGGGGUGAACGACGCGCCGGCGCUGAAGCAGGCGGAGGUGGGGAUUGCCAUGGGCAUCCGGGGGACGGAGGUGGCGAAGGACGCGGCGGGCAUUAUUCUGUUGGACGACAAUUUUUCCUCCAUCGUCGACGGGGUCGAGCAGGGCCGGUUAUCGUCCGACAACUUGCGCAAGUCCAUCAUGUACACGCUGUGCUCCAAACUCCCGCAGUCGUUACCGAUUUUCCUCGGGAUUUUCAGUUUACCGCAGACCCUCACGAUCACGCAAAUUUUGACCAUCGACAUCGGGACGGACAUUUGGACCUCCAUCGCCUACGCAACGCAGCCGGCGGAGUCGAAUCUGAUGAACCGGAAGCCGCGACACCCGAGACGGGUAUGAAAGUGCACAACCCGAACCCCCCCUCCCCCUCAUUUGUAUUGCAUGAACAGCAAUUGUUUGCAAUACAAACACCAGCACACGUGGAGCCUAUGCAUGGCAAAUUUCAGUGCCCAGCGCAGUAGUACUGUUUGGGCCUGCGGAAUUUGUCAUGCAUGAUAGUGACGCAAGGGAGCAACUGGAAUUGUGGAUUUUGCAUGAGAAAUGAGAACGAGGGGGAGUUGUGCACUGUUAUAACGGGAGCCGUUGGUGGAUAACGAUUUGUUGGCCUACUCCUACGCGUACAUCGGGGCGCUGCAGUCGUUUAUCCUGUGCAAAAGUAUUGUACUCGUAGUAAUUGCAGUCAUGGAUUACAAAUCUUUCUAUCAAAGUAAAACCGCAUUACAAAUUCCAUUUCUAAUGCUGAGCAAAUUUGUAAUGCGAUAUCUACUAGUACGAUGCUUUUGCAGUUCAUAUCGUUAGGGUGUUUCUUGAUGAUCACGGUGUUUUUCCCGGAGAGCCAGGAUUUGUUCCUGAGCGGAAAAAGCUACAAGGAAUACACGGACGAUGAGUUUCGGGUAUAGAUAAAAGUGUUGGUGUCAUCAGUGUUGGAGCCAAACUCUUACUCUGUGUGUGUGUGUGCUCGACGGAUUUCAGUUUCAUGAUGUUGAAACGCGCAACAUUGAAAACAGAACAUGAGCAGCCUAUGCUAGUCGUGCACUGCUCGAAAUAAAUCUCAAUACCCCUGCUCAACAUCAGAUCUACGGCGAAAUGACCACCUGCUACUAUUGGUCCCUCCUGGUCGGCCAACUCGCCGCGGCGUAUGCCUCUACCACCUACCGUCAGUCGCUGUUUGAGUACGGGAUCCCGAAUAUCCUGUGUAAAAACAUCCCCACCCCAUAGUUGUCAUGCACCUGUGCAAUGACAGGAACACUUGUAAUGCGCAUCUCCAUGAGAGGCAUUUCCAGUUGUGUUUUGGCAUUUGUAAUGCUGUACACAGGAUGAGAAAACGGCUUUCUCAUGCGGCUUUCCUUGCUAGCCAGGACUACACUGCAGAUGGAAACUUGUCAUGCAGAACUCCCAAAACGUGAAGAUUUGUGUUGCAGAUUUCCCAUCUUGACUAUGGUGUGGGGACGUUUUUACAUGGGAUACCGAAUUUCUGGCUCAACUUCUUCAUCGUGUUCGAGAUUCUCAUAUCCUGUGCAAAAGUAUCGUACUCGUACUAAUUGCAUUUAUGCAUUACAAAUCUCUUUCUCAAGGCAAAUCAGCAUUACAAAUUCAAUUUGUAAUGCUGGGCCAGUUUGUAAUGCAAUUUAUACUAGUUCUAGUACGAUGCAAUGCUUUUGCAAUUCAUAUCUCACCGGGCUGGCCGUGGUCUACUGGUCCCCGCUUCAGAAAUUGCUCGGCACCUGGAAACUGGGACUGCCGCAGUUGCUGUUGCCCUUUGUGAUCGUGUUUCUGCCGAUUUUGGCCAUCGAAGAGAUGCGGAAGUCGCAUUUGCGCGGGUUGUACUCCGGUGCUGGGGGUGUACUGUUCGGCGGGAAUGGCGAGGAAAAUGAAAAGAAGAGUGGGGACCAGGUAAUGCCGAAUGGCUCGACUGUUGCAACGGGGGACGGGGCAAUGAUGGUUGCCUCGGGUAGCAGCGGCCCAGGUGGAGGCCCUGUCACGGCGGAAACGAGAAGCAGUCGAGCAGAUGGGUAUGUGCCGUUGCUGCCCGCGGGAGGGGGUGUAGGGCCGGAAAGCGGCGGAGGAGGGUCGAUCAACGUGUAA